AUGCGUGCAGGUGCGCUCUCGGCGAAUCUCGAGGCGGACCUGGCGCCUGGCGGAGGGGAGCGCGCAGCCGACGCGCGGCUGGACAUCCUCGUCUACAGCUAUCGUGGCAAGACCAACGUGAAGGUGCACAUUCACUAUGAGAGCCCUUCCCUCGUCGCGCCCACAGGGCAGUCCAUCCACGUGGGUCAAAUCGGCAGCAGCAGUGGGCCGAUUUGGACCAUUGAUGGCGAUUGGACACGAGACGAUCUCGGCGAGUGGGACCUUUCCGUGUGGUACAUGGGCGCACGGAAGGCUGUGCCUGCCGGAUCAUCUAAAUCGGUUUAUUCCAUGGUGAAGAAGAUUGAUAAGGCGUGGUUUAGGAGGUCUUUCUAUGUGCUGGUGAAAACUGCAGCCUACCCUAAUGGUGCACUGCGGGGACAGAUUAGACGAGCUGUUCCUUUUAGUCUGAUUCCUUGGUCACGCUGUUAA